AUGGCUCGUGGCGCUUUCCACCAUGCUCUGAUCAUUCCGGCGACUUUUCUUAACGAACAUCCCAAAGCAGAUAACACUAGAGUGAAAAUUCGACGAGAGGCUCUCAACAACUCUGAGGAUUUGGCGCGGCAUAUGGCUAACUACGUGAUGAACCAGAUUCCUACACUCUCUGUUACGCACAUCUCUUCCAGCGACAUCAUUGCUUCUGACAUUUGGUCUGAUCCUUUCCGUGUCUAUGCUUGUCUAUUUGCGAAAGCCAGCAGGGUUCUAUUUCUGGUAACUCAUCACGAUGUCACUGCCUUUAAUGAAUUCACAAAGGGCCAUUUGCUGCCACUGUUAAAUCAAUCAACGGCUAAAAAUUAUAAUUGGAAAUCGCGGUUUCUCGUCCUGGCGAUGGGUGACUUUGAACUGCCGGCAUCUCUGCCCUGUGAAGUAAUUCGGUUCAGAGAAGUGGCCUGGUUUGGAGACAGUAUGGCCCUAUUCGUGCUAGGCAAGAAAAUUCAAGAAUUCUGGACACCAAAUGAAGAAACUUCCCGUAUAGUCGCAACUGCUGAAAAACUUAAAUAUGUUACGAGUUUGGAAGAGACGGAGACUUUUCAAACAUCCCUAAUCGUAAAAAACUUGAUUGAUGAAGACCCUAUUGAAAACCCUGAGAGCAUUCAGGGGAACUUUGACACCAAAUUUAACCAUGAAGGUGCAGUGAUUUUGAACAAAGGCCCAACCUACAUUACUCGUCAAAAUUUUAAUGUGCGGUUCGAUAUUGAAAGCAAUCGCUCACUUGAAUUGCAUGAGUUGUUGCUCUCUAACCUAUCUUUAUCUGGCCUCGGUAGUAUUACUCAAACCCUUCAAACAAAUGCACCUUAUUAUAUAGUACAAUCUGACGUCGGUUUCACUGGUAGUUUUAGUGAUAUGGAUGACAUUUCACCCUCUCCAGACGACGCACACUCAACGAGCGACAGCGUAGGAGAAAUGCGAUGGUCCUCACCCGACAGUGUCUCCGUUGUUCGGGAGACGGAGGUCAAUCCUGUUCCUUCACAUAGUGAGGGUGAGCUAACGCUAGUCACAGCGGAGGCUGAUGGACUGGCAGGUAAACCACCCCAGACAAAUGGCAUAAAAAAAGCAUUGGUUGCUGUAGGAAAUACUGAGAUCACGCUAGGGUCAGAACCGCCCAAACCGACUAAAAGAACCAAAACAUCAGAUAAUCAGGUUGUGAAUCCGUGGUUCCAUUUAUCCGCUGCAAGAAAACAGCACACAUUUUCAACUCACGAAAAGAAUACUCCAAUCGUAUUAAGUGGAGAAGAAAUCCACUCCCCCAUAGUUGUAGAAGCAUCAACUGAGACGCCCUUGGAAGCAAUAAAUGAACAUUCGGUGGAAAGCGGUGCAGCCCAAACUUGGCGCACAGAAGAGCGAAGGACUGCUGCACUUUGCCGAGCCUGA